AUGGGGGUGUUAUACUUGGCCAAGAAAUACAUUGUGCCUUCACUCACUGAUAAAUGCACGGAAUACCUGAAAGAAAAGUUAGAUCCUUCCAACGUUUUCAGCAUCCUGCCAUCUUCACAGAAAUAUGAAGAGAAAGCCCUGGAAGAUCGGUGCUGGAAAGUGAUUGAGAAUCAGACAGAGGCGGCUGUGAAAUCGAAAGGAUUUGAGACAAUUGAGAGGUCUCUACUUGAAGCAAUAGUCACAAGAGACACUCUGACGAUUAAGGAGAUAGCUUUGUUUAAAGCUGUAGAUGGCUGGGCAACAAAACAAUGCGAGAAGCAAAGUUUAGCAGUAGGAGGUAAAUUAAAAAGAAGAAUUCUGGGCGAAGAAGUAAUAAAAGCAAUACGCUUUCCAGUGAUGACUGCAGAGGAGUUGGCUGAUGUUGUUCUUGAUACCAAUAUUCUUCAUACCAAUGAAAUAACCUCCCUUUUUAAGUUUUUCAACUCAGCAUCGCCUUCUCCUGUGGCGUUUUCAGCUACUCUGAGACGUGUACAAGGUACUGCCCUUCGCGAGAUUCACCGAUGUGGAAGGUUUCGAUCGGUGAAAGAGAAAGACCUUUUAGCGUUAUAUAUGGUUGUGGAUCGAGACAUCACUUUACAUGGAGUCUGUUUGUUUGGCAGUAAAAACAACAGCUACACAGUGACAUUGGAGGUGCAGGACACCACUAAAGGACCUAAAGACACAACUGUAGUGUCUAAAUCAGGAAAGUAUCUAUCAAAACUUUUGGGGAGCUAUUAUGGAUAUGAAGUCUUGUUCGACUCUGCCGCUUCUUUGAAAAUGAAUACCCGUUAUCGAAUUGAAGCGUUUAUACGUGGCCCGGCAUCUGAAAAAGGACAUACUGGCAUUCAAACUGUGACAAAGUGUGGCGUUACAUUCACAUUUGCUACGGGGUAUGGGUCAUUCAUUUUCGGUACAACAGUUGCUACAGGUCAAUUUCCCGAAUUUCUGUUUUCUUGUUAG